AUGUCAAUCACCACUCCGCUAGGAGCCCAUAACUCGGUAUUCCAGGCUGAGUGCAUGGGCAUUAUUAACGCGGCGGCUGCCAUCACUGCAAGGAAGGUAGUAGGAUCCUCCAUCCGCAUACUCUCCGACAGUAGAGCAGUCUUAAUGGCCCUAAAAAGCCAUAUAAUCACAUCCAAACUUAUACACGAAUGCCACGAACGACUAAUGGAGGUAUGUCAGAACAAUAAGAUCACCUUACAAUGGAUCAAAGGACACAGUGGAUCCCGAGGCAACGACGCCGCGGACGAGCUCGCCAGACAAGGAUCGGGUGCGGGGGCUAUUGGCCCGGAACCGAUCCUCCCGAUACCGUUUAGUAAGGUACGCUCAAUGCUGCUGGCACGUACAGGGAAACUACACACAGAACACUGGCUGAACCAAGCUGGAUGCAGACAGGCCAAGCAAGCCAUGCCUAGCAUGAACGGUAAGCUCACAAGGACGCUCCUUCAACUAGGAAAGGUUCGACUGAGUAUGGUAACCAGUGUCAUAACAGGUCAUGGACUUUUUAACAAACAUCUUUUUAUAACAGGUGUCACAGACAGUCCCCUAUGCGGUGGGUGCAUGGAGAAAGAAGAAACAGCCUCUCACGUGGCGCUGGAGUGCAGCGGAUUGGCCCCAUACAGGGCAAAACAUCUCGGAUCCCCGAGAGACCUCCCCGAGGUCCUACUCAACAUCAAAGGUUUGAUAGGAUUCCUCGAGGAGCUGGGCUGGCAAGACUAGCCCACCCCCUAUCACGCAAAAUAGGCGCAAGACGUCGAGUUGCGGAAAAUCGCCCGUACUACAAUACAAUACAAUACCCAAGUAGUGGUCCUAAUCCUAAUAGUGGGCGCAAUUGAAAUAAGCGGUCACUAUGCCAUACUAAAUUUGUACGGGGGAGCAUGUGUGGUGACCUCGAUUGAAUUAUGUGCUCCGUCUUGUAGUUGAGGUGGCGUGUGGGCACAAACCAUACAUAUAAAACUUAAUUUGGUAUCUCAUUCACUGUAAAUGAACAUCAUUACUUCCACAAUUAUGUUUAAACUCUAAACUAAGCACCAAACAUUCACAUAUUGUCAUAUUAUAAACAAAUUUAAUGCAGAUUUAAGAGAUUCUACAAAGUGUUUGCAUUAUUACUACUUUACACUCAUAUAUUUAUAGCUGAGAACAAUGCUUUAUACUGCUGCUUACCUAUAUGUUUGCCGAUUACCUGCCUACCUUAAAAUAUGAAUUUCAUUAUGCAGUAACAGUUUUCAAAUUAACUAAGUAACCAUAAAUCAUACACAAUAGUGAAACAAUGCAUCCUGUGAUUAUUCCUGUGUAUUCCCAUUAGUCCGCACCAGGCACAAAUGGGACUAUUCCCAUCCAUUCCAUGUAAAUGCUCCCGCAUCAGGAAUGGCUGUGGUCAUGUGGGAGACCAAUGAGAAUACACAAUUAUUUCAUAAACGAAUUGUAAAAAUGAGGUACAGUUAUUUCUAGUUUUAGUUCAGUUUGCACAACAAUGUCUUUGUUCAUAGUUCAUUAUGUGAGUAUAAAGUUGUAUAAGGGUGGUAUUCCACCUGGCUAAUUCCUUUGUCCAAUGUUAGUGUGUCUCACUCUCUCAAUAAAGCAAAAUUUGAAACACAGUACACAUUGGACAAAGUAAUUGGAUAGGUAAUAGGAUGUAUGUGUUAAUGUGUCAACAAAUUGUUGGCCCAAUAUUACAGGGUUCUGUGUUUAACUUUUAUCAAACUGAAAUUUGAACAUUGUCAUAGUGACAUUGAGUUGAAUUUCAAGUAUUGUGAAAUUGUAAAAUAGAACCCUGUAAUAUUGGGCCAGCGCAAUGCCUCAGUCAAAGCUGUCAUUUCAAAAAAAUAUUUAAGUCCACAUUUUAACGUCUAGAUCGCUUCUUUCUUCGUCAGUCUUGGUUAUCACUCGAGGUCUCGCUCUCCUCGCUAGACUCGUCGCUGGAGUCGUCGCCCGACCGGUCGCCGCGCGCCGCCUUCUUCGCCAUCAGCUCC